AUGAAACUCGUCGUAGUUAUACUGCUGCUAUCCAUAGUGCCUAUAAUAAGCGCCUCUCCUCACGGCGUUAUAUCCUUACCACUGAAAUAUACGAAAAGAUCAAUUGAGAAACGAGAUCAAGGCAACCUGCAUACUUUUAAACAUGAUUGGUGGGCCGAAGUAAGUCUGGGUACACCUCCGCAAAAGUCAAACAUGCUCAUAGACACUGGGUCAUCCAAUGUCUGGGCCUACUCCAAGUCUUGCGGAACGGAUGAAUGUUUCCUUAAUUUCAAAGGAACUAAUCGCUUCAAUCAGUUCAUAUCAACGAGCUUUGAACCGGCGGGAAAUCGUGUCUUUGACAUGACAUACGGAGGCGGAACCGGAAUCGCAUACCAAAUUGGAAGUGAUAUAGUAGAAAUCGCCGGGAUCAGAAUCGACAAACAGCAAAUUGGCACAACAACCAACCUGGUCAAUAGACAAAUAGAUUUCGAUGGCAUCGUAGGUCUCGGACGAGACAAAAACACCAAUCCAUCUUUCCUCGCGACUCCAACGGCUACAAUGUUCAAACAAAAGCUGAUUAAAAGCAACAUGUUCUCCCUCGAUCUGAAGAGCUUUGCAGAUGGCGGUGGUGGUGAGCUUCUGUUUGGCGGUAUCGAUUAUUCCAAGAUUGAAGGUGAUUUGGUUUGCGUUCCUACCGCCAGCGACGACGAAUGGAGCGUUGAAUAUACUACGAUCUGCGUUGGAUCAGUGGACAUUAAGAGAUCAGCACCGGAAGCAGUUUUGGAUACUGGAUCAGACAGCAUAUAUACUUCGUGCGGUACAGCGGAAGCUAUCUAUAACGAGAUUCCGGGAUCACGGUUACAUAAAACUGGAGACUGGAUAGUUCCUUGUGAAUUGCCUGAUCAUGUGUAUGUAGCAUAUGAAAUUGGCAACGUUAAAUGGCGUAUUCCAGCAAAGGAUCUCGUAACGGGGCCUGUGGCGGGCGUGGAGGAUUAUUGCAUAGGAGCAAUACAAGUAGACGAACUUCCGUUUGAUAUUCUGGGCGCACCAUUCUUGAAGCAGUAUUAUACAGUAUUUGACUCUGAAAAUCAAAAAAUAUGUUUAGCUAAAAAGAAGCAAUAA